GUUAUCGCAUUCCUCACCCACUCCCACGCUCAACCCACCCCACAAGCCCGGGACAAUCAAGACACACCCAGAACCUUUACCUCCAGGCAAUGCGCAACUAGCCCGCCCACCAAUUCACCACCCCAGCUCUCGCAACUAGAUCCAGAAUUAAUCCAACCCCACCAUCAACACCGCAACCAUGCUCUUCUUCAGCUUCUUCAAAACCCUCACCAACCAAACCGUAACCAUCGAACUCAAAAACGACAUUCGUAUCCGCGGCACCCUCAAAUCCGUCGACCAGUACCUGAACAUCAAGUUGGAUGAUGUCGACGUCCUCGACCUGGACAAAUACCCGCAUUUGUCGUCCGUCAAGAACAUGUUUAUCCGUGGUAGUGUGGUGAGAUAUGUUAUGUUGCCGAGGUCGGAGGUCGAUAUUGGGCUUUUGGAGGAUGCGACGAGGAGAGAAGCAGCAAACCAAGCCGGAAAAGCCCGGUAAUUGGUAUAUGGACUUGACUUGAGUUUCAUUUGCAUUGAUGGUUUGGGAUUGAGAUGAUGCAGUUACGGUUCUGCGUCAUCUUUUCUUUUUCUAUUUUAUUUUAUGUAUUUUUUCUUUUCUUCCCGUUUUUAAUCUUCACGAUGUGAUGAUGUUUGCUGUUGCAGUUGCCGUUGUCAUAUGGGGCUCCUUAUCUCUUAUUUUUAUUAUUGCGCAUUGGUGGUUAGAUGAGAG